AUGCAAGGUCGGGGUACCUCAACUUGGGAUGGCCGAACCCCACCAAAAUUGCGUCCUCCACCAAAGCCAGGCCACCUCUACGACACCCAACGUCACUCCGACCACCACGGCGCGCACGACACCCUAGCGAACACUCCUCGAACCUACCUCCUCGAGAGACUCGGAUCGCCAUUUCUCAGGCGCUCAGUUACCGACGACACCUCCCAAGUACGCGCAUACAGACCGGACCACCGCGCAAGGCCGUGGCCUUUUCUCCUCUCUCCACCCCCAUCACUACCGUCACAUCGCAAUGCCGACCUACAAGACCAGCCAGGAAUGGCUGGAGCAGUCGUCUCUGCUCCUCCAGGCCCGUCCGACUACCCGGCGGCUAACCUCCAGCACCCCAAACAGACUAGAAUCACAACAAAGUACUCCAUCAAAGUAGUCAAACCCCGAAAGACCAAGACCUCGGAGGACGCCUCCGCCGCAGCACCCGCAGAAGAUGCAACCAUGACAGACGCCAAACCCCCGCGCGGCUCCCUCGUCAUCAAGACCUUCGACCCGGUCAGCGGCGUCGCCCUCAAAUACCGCACCACAAAGGCCGCCGAGGUCUCCCGCCUCAUCACCUGUCUCGGCGCCCUGGGCCGCACAAUGUCCACCUCGAAACCGGCAACAUUGGACGCCGCCGCCGCAAACAAGGACGAGCCGAUGGCCGAUGCGGGUGGGGAGGACACGCCGGCCGGCGCGGCGACGCCUGUGGAGAAACCCCAGGCUGCUGGAGGUGGAAAGAAGAAGAAGAAGGGCAAGAAAUGA